UCUUCCAAAAUAUUUGAUAAAAACUGCUCCUUUUUUAGUGAAGACUUCGGGAAUUUUUUAAAAAAGGGAAGUUUAUAUUGUUCAGUUAACAACGAAAUUGUCAAGAAUAAAGAAAUCAUUUGCACAUUAAAAAUUAUGCCGACCGCGGAAAACUUAAUUACAAACGCCAGUAAAAAUGUGAUGGCGGAAUGCAAAGAAACAAUCGCUCAAAAACUUUCAGCCUAUAACGAGCAAACUACCAAAAAGACACGUAAGUUGCAAGCUGAAGUAGAUGCUGAGUUAAAAAGGCUUAGUGAUCUACUUCAAAUCCUGCAGAAUGAUUCCCGUGCUUUUUAUACUCAAUUAAAGAAUGAACUGGAAGUCCAAGAAUCUUCCACAGUUGCUCAAAUAAAAACCUUUAUGCCUCUGCAUGAAGAAAAUUAUUGGACGGCUCGAUACUCUAAGCUGACUUCUAAUGGGAGAUUUCCAUCCAUUCAUGAUUUGCCUGUAAAGUUGUGCAGUUUGGAAGGGCCUCGUAGAGAACGAAGAAAGUUUAAAGUUUAUAAAAAUUCCAGUGACUAUUUGCAGAGUCGGAAGAGUAGUAAAGUAAUUGUCAGCAACCUUUCAUCGCGUUUGAAGCGUUUGUUAAAAACUGCAGAGAGUCUAGUGAAAAAAAAAUACGGAUGGGACCACCUUUGUGGGAUGAGCCGGGCCAAUGCCAUUAGGCUUUUUUUCUCCGCUGUUAAGGCCUCAAUACUUUCAUUAGAAAUUGGUAGCGUUUCCUUUGAUUUGGAUCAGUCUGUCUUUACAAACCUCAAAUUGACGAGACAAAGGAGAGUCUCCAGUGAUGACACCAACUGCAAGCUCACCACUCAGCGCACACGAAUGAAGCGCCAUUCGUCCGUUCCCGACCUAUCCAAGCUUCCUAAACAGUACGCCUCCUGGGAUUCUCUACAAGAUAUGACCGUCCAGUUUGUUAUGCAAACUGGCUUCCCCGAAAAACAAAAACGAGAUCCCUUUUUUAUAGAAAACUUCAUUGAGCUUCAGGCGAGCCAUCAUCUGGAGCUCCUUGACCCGCAAAAUCGAAAGUCUCCUGAACUCCUCCAAUUAGAAUCUUAUCUGGAAAAGGACGAAAAAUUAAAAGAAGUUUACGACUGUACUCUUUUAUCGCUAAAGGGGGCUAACACUGGCAAGUUUCUUAUAGGAAGUAACUUUCUUUAUUUUGUUGAAAAGUCCAAAAACUGCUCUAAUAAUAACAAGCUUCGCCACAAAAAAUGGCCUUUCAAUUCUGUAAAGUUUAUCCAUUUGAGGCGUUAUCUUCUUCAGCACACCGCACUCGAAUUUUUUUACCACGUGCGAAAACCCAGCAUGUUGGUGUUCGAUACUAAUGGGAUACGAGACAGAGUUUUUAACUCCCUGCGAGCCAUGGAUCGUAGUGGCCACAUUAUCUUUGUGGAUCAGUUAAUGAUGGAGAAAGCAAUAAAUACCAUGUCCGAAAAAUGGUCGCAGGGCAAGCUAAGCAAUUUUGAGUAUAUUUUAAACUUAAAUACCUUUGCAGGACGUACUUACAACGAUUUAACCCAGUAUCCCGUCUUUCCGUGGGUUUUAAAGGAUUAUGAAAGUUCCACUCUCGAUCUGAAGGACCCCAAGAUUUAUCGCGACUUCUCCAAGCCGAUGGGAGCGCAGACACUAGAGCGUUUGCAGCAUUUCAAAGACAAGGAACUUAUAAAUUAACAGUUCUAUUCUUUUAUAUUGUUAUUACUUAAAAACUACAGUAUAA